GAGAGCUGAGCAGCGACGGCACUGAGGCAGGAAGACGGCGAGAGAGGUGGAAGAAGAGAAGUAAAAAGAUCCGGGGGGAGUGACAGCAGCAUGAGCUUUUAGAGAAAAAAAACUGCUCCACACACUUCAGCAACUUUGAAGAAAAAAGAGCCCUUUUCUCCUUGGACCUGUUCAUUUCUUUAUUCCAUGAGUGCAGCAAGUGUGCUUAGGUCCUUCAGUCCAUCAGCGAUGCCUGGCCCAGUAAUGCCGAUGGAUGUGGCCAUGAGAUUCUACAUCAGCCACUCCCCACCUCCUCUCCGAGGCUUCUUGAGCUCCUACGAGGACCUGCAGAGGGCCAAGAACCGAGUGAACCAGUCCACCGGCCGCAGCCACAGCCAGCAGCUGUACAAGCCGCUGAGACCCUGCCUCAGCAACCAGCAGAAAGCCGAGGACGACGGCGGCUCCGUGGGCUGGAGCAACAAGGCCGGCAAGAAGAGGGUGGUGUUCGCCGACACCAAGGGCAUGUCGCUCACGGCCAUCCACGUCUUCUCCAAGUUUGACGAUGAGCCAUAUGCGAACAAGCGGGCCAGGGGCAUCGCGGAGGAGCUGCAGUUUGACAUGACGGACCUGGAGGCGGCUACAAUGGAUCUAAAGAUCAGCUGUGUGCGCAGCCUGGCGCUUGACUUUAAACAGCCCUCGGCCGACUACCUGGAUUUCCGGAACCGCCUGAUUCAGAACUCCGUCUGCUUGGAGAACUGCUCGCUGCAGGAGCGCACGCUCACCGGCACCAUCAAGGUGAGGAACGUCGGCUUCGAGAAGUCGGUGCAGGUGCGCAUCACCUUCGACUCGUGGGCCAGCUUCACCGACGUCGAUUGCACCUUCAUGAACAACGUGUACGGCUGCCAGGACACCGACACCUUCGCGUUCGUCCUGGAGCUGCCCGCCCAAGUCCCGCCGGGGAACCGGGUCGAGUUCUGCAUCUGCUACAAGACCCCGGGCCAGACCUUCUGGGACAAUAACGACGGCAAGAACUACGUCCUGAAGCACGCCGGCUGGAACGGGCCGGACCUCACCUGCACGGCGCCGCCGGCGUCGGCCGAGCAGAAGAAGUCUUCAGAGCACAAAAACGGAAGCGGCUUGAAGUUGCUGGAGCUCGAGUUUGACCAGUUCGGCAGCCCACGCAUGUCCAGUGGACUCUUCCCCGGCUGGCAGAGCUGGGGUCAGAUAGAUAACACGGUGCCUUACUGGUGAAAGCAUCAGUAUAUUUGCUGAACUGGCAUUGGAAUAAGAUAACAGACACUGACAGGGCAUUCGGUACAAAUCCAGCCGUGGGUUCGAGCUUGACUGGCUCUCAGCCACAGACUGAACUGAACUGAACUGAAGCAAACAACCUCUGCUUCUUCUUUUUUCUUUUUUUUUUUUUUUUUUUUAGCAGAGGAAGCACAAACACAAACCAGACAGAAACCCAACUGUACAGUGCUCAACUGACCUGCUUUUCGCUGUAACGUGGUCAUUCAGCCAGAGGCCGGAGGGAUUAAUGGUUGAAGCCUGUCAUGUUUCACAUAGUUCUCUUGUGUAGAAAACCCAUGUGCCUUCUCUCUAUGUGCCUGCCCACUAAAAAUGUAUGACCCACAACAAAUGUAAAGCCCCGUCCGAGGGCCCGACACAUUGGUUAAAUAUGCACUGAUUGAGUUGUCCCUCUCAAUGUGACGAGGUGGAAAUGGAGAUGGUUAAAUCCUUCAUAUUGAAGGGAGAGUACGGGAAACGCGUGGCGAAUACACGAAAAGACAGCCCUUCAUUUCUGAUGGAAAAUGCACACUAAAACUUUUGCACCUUCACAAAAAAAUACAAUCUAAUGUGAUUCAAAAAAAAAAGGCCUUAAUUUUUGAAGUGAGUCAUGCUGCCCUGUCUUUCCCUCCAUGUAAAUCUGCACACGUUUGUCUGGUUUAAAAAGAAAAAAACAAAAAAAAAAAGUUUGAGUGAUGUAAUUUAAAGGUUUAUUAAGGAACUGAGCUGCUAUCAACAGAUGUGUUGAAAGAAAGUGUCCGCAUGUGAUUGGUCGCCUCGAACCCAGAGGAAGUUUGGACAUGUCCGUGGUUCUGGUUGUGUCAAAGGAAGCGAUGGAAAAGACGAAUGUUUGUGUUUGCUUGUUCUCACAAGUGCAAUUGUGGACGAUGAGUGUACAGUAUGUGUGGCUGGAAUCGAGGUUUUUCUUCUUUCUUUUUUUUAUUCUUGAAACAGUUUCUUGAGUUGUCACUGCGGAGGAAGGUCUCCUCCCCAGCAUUGUGUGUCUCACUUGAAGGUGUGUGUCUCUGACAUGCGCCGUGUCGAUUAUGUAUUUCCCUUUUUGAAAUAAAUUUAUAUAUUUGUGCUAAAA